AUGCUUUCCAUUCCCCUCGCUUUUGUGGUAAGCGGAUGGGGGUUUGCGAUGAGGUGCAUCCUUAUUUGCAUUGUUGUGAUGUUUUUCUCCGUUCGCAUUUUGGCACUGACCUCUUUCUCCGUUGAUUUGGAUGACUACGAGAUGGUGGCCGACAUUUUUCUCGACGACAAGGGACGUUGGGUGGUGCGCUUUACUCUCUUCUUAAACUUUGGCUGCGCCGUGGUGUACUUGAAGUUCAUCAAAGACAGCGUGAUGCCAAUCCAGGUGAAACGUUCGAGGCUCCCCUGUCGCUAUGGAUGUGCAGCAGUGAUACCGGCGGCACAUUCUGCCUCAUUGCCUCCCCGCUGAAACCCCACGUUCAACUCGCGCUUGUCCUCGCUGCGCACAAAGGUGCUUGUGAGCCUUCUCUUUAUAAUCUUCACCAUCUUCGCCGUUGCGUACCGCUUCUUCGUCCCGAAGAGGCUCGGUGGUAGCGCGAAGACAGCCGUUUCCUCGGCGGGGUCGAACCGAGAUUUUUCCAAGGGUCGACUAGCCCUCAUUUUCCCCUAUAUGUUCUCCUCGCCGAUCUUUGUCUUCUCUUACGAGGAGCAGUCGAACGUCAUGGCAGUCAUCAAGGAUCUGCACAACCGUACUGGCUGCAAGGUCCUCGUAUCCACCUCACUGGCGCUCUGCGUCAUGUCUGUCUUCUGCAUUGUGCUGGGUAUCCUGGGGAGCCUUACGUUUCCCCACUUAUCGAGUGGUAACAGCUUCUCCAGCUACAGCGUGGAGACGGGUGUGCUCAGGAUGGCGUGCCUGCUCACGUGCUGCUUUAACGCGGCGAUGUCAUAUGUCUUUUGCAUCUCGCCGUGCUGCCGCGCCGCCUUUAUGUUCCUCUCCAGAGGCAACGGCACCAACAUCUCGAAGAUGUGCGCAAGGCUUGGCGCGGUUCUUUCCUCGGUGUGUUGCAUCCUCGCAAUUUUCCUGCUGGACGUGGCGCAGGUCGUAUCGCUUCUCGGCGCCAUCGUCAGCUCCACGCUCUGUAUGAUGUUUCCAGCGCUGUUUGCUAUGCAGAUGCGCCGGUUUGGCACAUGCCUCACCCCCUGGGUCGAUGCGCUGCUGCCGUGGGUGCUGCUCCUGAAAGGACUUUUAUUCUCAGCUACGGGCACCUACAUGGCGUUUGCCUUUUCCUCAGCAGGUGGUACCCGAAUACGAGAGAAGAGAACGCAAAAGGCUUGUGUGGGUGCGAGCCCCAGCCCUGUUCAGGGGUUUCUUAGCGCUGCGCUGGCGGAGGACGAUCAUAUGGGUUCGGCCUGUAUAUAUUUUCUUUUCGCAGUAAUGCGGUGUAAAAUAAGUUUCUCUUUCCUCUCUCUCUCUGCUGUCGCCUUCCCGACUACGAUGUGA